CUGUCUGCUCUCCUCUCUCUCUCUCUCUCUCUCCCUCCCCUCUGCACUUUAUUCUGUUCAAAUUCGAUACUUUGCCGUUCGCUGAGAACGAGGCUCUUUGUUUUAACAAAGAGCCAGAGAGAGAGAGAGAGAGAGGGAAGGUUUAAUGUAAUGAGCUCUUUCUCUCUCUAAACAACUUUCUAUUUCUCUCUCUAUAAUGUCUGCUGCAGCAUUGUCUUCUUCUACUUCAAGAAUCUCGCGUCUCACUUCCACGCAUUCAAGUGUUGUCUCUAUUUCUCUCUACUUUUUCUAAUCGCUAUUCCUGCAUUCAUAUUUUCUCGGCUUCUGAUUCUUGGUUUCCUGUUAACAUAACAAAGCACUAGAGGAAGAACAAUAAGACAACUUCGUUAAGUCUUCUUGGUUGCUUUGACUCGGAUUUUUUAGCUUCUUUUGGUGGUCUUGAGAAUUUGUUGGCGAACCAAGAGAAACCCAGUUGUUCAUUUCCCUCUUUGUUACUACUUUUCAAACUUAGUUUGGCUAUUUGGGAAUUUCUCAAUUUGUCCCUCCUUUGUUAUCUUAAAGAAGCAAACUUGUUAUUGGAUGCUUGGAAUUUGGGGGAUCAGAGUCCUUGAAUGUAUGAAAUUUUUUGGUGAUUAUAAGCGAAACCCAGAAAUUGGGAACUAGAAAAUUAUAAGGGAGCUAUAUGAAGUAGACUUGAAACAAUGAGAGAUGGGAACUCCAAGAAAAGCAAGCUCUCGUGGUCCAAGAAAAUGGUCAGGAAAUGGUUCAAUAUCAAGAGCAAAACCGAGGAGUUUCAAGCAGAUGAUCCUGUCUGUGGAGGAAACGAAGAGGAAUAUAGGACUAGCUUCUCAGAGAGAGAGCCAUGCACGAUCAAGAAGAGCAAAACUGAGAAAUUUAGCAAGAACUGGGAGCAGGCCAGGAGGGGGAAAAUGAAUCUGGAUAACCCCCGAAUCAUUGAUGUUCAGAACUACAGCGUUUUUGUGGCUACAUGGAAUGUUGCUGGCAGAUCCCCACCAAGUAAUUUGAAUCUAGAUGAUUGGCUUCUUGCCUCACCGCCAGCAGACAUUUAUGUACUUGGAUUUCAAGAGAUAGUCCCUCUAAAUGCUGGUAAUAUUUUAGGUGCAGAAGACAAUGGUCCUGCAAAAAAAUGGCUGGCUCUCAUCCGGAAGACACUUAACAGUCGUCCUGGAACUAGUGGGAAUUCUGGUUAUUACACACCAUCUCCCAUCCCUGAACCUAUUGUAGAAAUGGAUGCAUAUUUUGAGGGAUCAUCUAGGCAAAAGAACUCGUCUUUCUUCCAUCGUCGAUCGUUCCAGACAACAAGUAGUUGGAGAAUGGAAAAUGACCCUUCUAUUUCACAACCACGGCUUGACAGACGCUUCAGUGUUUGUGAUCGAAUCUUCGGUCAUAGGCCUAGUGACUUCGACCCUAGUUUAGAAGGAACAAAGCCUAGUGACUAUUCAAGGCCUAGUGACUAUUCCAGCCUAUGAUAUUCCCGCUGGGGUUCAUCAGAUGAUGAUAAUGGACCAGGAGAUUCACCAAGUACUGUAUUAUAUUCACCAAUGUCCUAUGGGGGAUCCACAUCCAAUGACCAUGGAUAUCGGAUGCCAGGGCAUUCAAGGUACUGCUUAGUUGCCAGCAAACAAAUGGUUGGCAUUUUUCUCACUAUUUGGGUGAGAAGUGAAUUAAGAGAACAUGUUAAGAAUAUGAAAGUAUCUUGUGUUGGCAGAGGAUUGAUGGGUUAUCUCGGAAAUAAGGGAUCUAUCUCAGUCAGCAUGUUAUUGCAUCAAACAAGCUUUUGCUUCAUCUGUACUCAUUUAACCUCUGGACAGAAAGAAGGUGAUGAGAUAAGAAGAAAUUCUGAUGUCAUGGAAAUCCUUCGGAAAACAAGAUUUCCAAAGGUUAAUGGUGCAGGCGAUGAAAAGUCACCAGAAACAAUACUUCAGCAUGAUCGAAUAAUUUGGCUUGGGGAUCUAAACUAUCGGAUUGCACUUUCUUACCGAUCUGCUAAAGCACUUGUUGAGAUGCAAAAUUGGAGGGCAUUAUUAGAAAAUGAUCAGUUAAGGAUAGAGCAGAAGCGAGGUCGUGUUUUUGUGGGAUGGAAUGAAGGCAAGAUAUAUUUCCCACCAACUUACAAAUAUUCAACUAAUUCAGACAGAUAUGCAGGAGAUGAUAUGCAUCCAAAAGAAAAACGCAGAACACCUGCUUGGUGUGAUCGAAUAUUAUGGUACGGUGAAGGCCUUCAACAAUUAUCAUAUGUUCGUGGGGAAUCUAGGUUUUCAGACCAUAGACCAGUUUAUGGUGUGUUUUGGGCCGAGGUGGAGUCAACUCAUAGCCGAUUGAAGAAAAGUAUGAGUUACUCUAGUUCGCGGAUUGAGGUGGAGGAGCUCUUACCGUACUCACAUGGAUAUACUGAACUAAGCUUUUUCUGAAGGAUAAAGGAAUAAAUAUUACACAUUGAUCAAUUGCAGGUGGGAAGCACUUUGAAGAAAUUCAUUCUUGAAGGGCAAUAGUGAUGUUCCGUUGCCCACUAACUGAAAAAGGUGUACAUUUUGUAAUUUGCUGGUCAACUAAAUCACUAACUCAGCAAAGCUUGAAUCAUCAUGUUUUGUUAGCUAACGACAUACGAGUUUCAGUACAAUGCAUCACUCAGUUCCCCGAUAAACCUCAACGUUCUGUGGUCAGAAAAUGUUCUACCCUCCAUAAUGAUUAGGGUAUGAAGGCGACCUUUCAGAAUCUGGCAAUAGGACAGGAAAAGGAUUAUUUUAUUUUUGAUUCUUUUGUUAGUAUAGGGAAUAUUUUUGAUGGUCAAUAUAAUCAUGUGUGCUUACUUUUUUGUUUUAAAUGCAAAGAGAAGGGGAAGUAGAGGUUUGAUGGA